AUGCGGACUGACCUCAACAGUGUGGUUCCCAAAGUAGUUGCAAGCACCCUGAACCAGCAUCAAGCGGGCCGUCUUGACGUUGUCUUCUACGGUCCCGCUGAUCCCCACCCCGAACGAAAAACGCCGGAUCGACGCUGGUCAGCCUACCUCCCUUUCUCCUUCCACAAGUCUUCAUUGAAUGUUCAUGCGGAUAUACUGAAAUGA